AUAAGGUAUUGCGUGGUGUAAACACGUAGAUGGUCGAUGUAAAUAUAUGACAAAUUUAGUGAUUGACUAACUAAAGAAUCCUAGACCAUAUGUUUGUGUUAUUGUUGCACUAGACACUAUUAAUCAGUUGUGUUUUAGAAUGUUUACGUUUUGAAAAUGUUUUAACUAAAAUUUUAGAAUUUUUGAGUAACUUUUGCUAAGGGUAAAAAUAAGACGUUUGGACAAUUCAUCAUGAAUGAAAUAGUAGUUUUGAUUCUUCUAUCUCUUGCUAUGUUUAUGUGUUCUUACAUGGCAGGAGCUAUUCCAUUGAUUGUAAUGCUAUCAGAGGAGAAAUUGCAAUUAGUGUCGGUGCUCGGUGCUGGAAUCCUAGUUGGAACAGCGUUGUCAGUGAUAAUUCCAGAAGGUGUCAACACAUUAUACUCAUCUCAGUUAGCAAUGAUACGUGAUCAGAUUGAGCUGCAUAAGCAAGAUAUGACAACAGACAAGACUAAUCACCCAGAAAGUUACAAAAAAGAUAAUUUGCUUACUCUUUUCACAAACCUUGGGGAGAUCCACUCUGUGAUUGGAGUUACACUGGUUUUAGGUUUUUUAGUCAUGCUUUUAAUAGAUCAGAUUGGGUCAGCAUAUACAAGAAUUUCAAAUACAGAUGCUGAAGGAGGACCAAAGCAUGAUAGAUACGGGAUAACAGCAACUCUUGGUUUGGUUGUUCAUGCAGCAGCUGAUGGAAUAGCUCUUGGAGCAGCAGUCACUACUUCACACACAGAUAUAGAAAUGAUUGUUUUUAUAGCAAUUAUGCUGCACAAGGCACCAGCAGCAUUUGGACUUGUAACUUUUCUCUUACAUGAAGGGUUGGACAGAAGCAGAAUUAAAAAACAUCUCCUUAUAUUUGCUCUUGCUGCUCCAUUGCUGUCUGUGAUUACAUAUUUUGGUAUCAGCCAAUCGACUAAAGAAGUUUUGUCAACAAACAGUGCAACUGGGACUGCUAUGUUAUUCAGUGCAGGAACAUUUCUUUAUGUUGCUACAGUCCACGUUUUGCCAGAAGUGGUCAGCCAGUCCCAUAACCAUUCUCUUGGCUCAGACCCUACAUAUGCUGAACAUAAAAGAUUUCAUAAAAUGGAAACAGUAGCAUUAGUAGUUGGUGCUCUUCUUCCUAUGUUCUUUUCUGUUGGACAUCAUCAUUAAAUAAUAAUAAUGAAAAAAUAGAACAGAAAAAAGAGAGGAAUGAAAAUGUUUGUUCAUUUCUUUACAUGUUUAAUAAAUGUUUAAUAUAGGUACUCUAAAUGACUUUGAAAACAAAUGGGUGUAUAUUAUGAGUGGCAAGAUAAAAUAUUAAGUUGUUUUACUUAAAAAUGUUAGUGCAUAAAAAAGCAUUUUAUCAUGUUUGGAACAUUUAAGAUAAACUAAUGUUAACUGACAUGUGUUUGUGAAGCUAAAGAUUUUACAGGAAAUAAAUUUGUAUUGUUAUCAUAAUUCAUAUUUGUUAGGAAAACUGUGAGCUUGCAAUGGUUAAAGAAUCAAAUUCAAAUAUAUGAUGUUCUAUCUUUUUUAUAUAUCUUUGUUGUAUUGUACUUUUGUGUUUAAUAACAUUAGAUGGAAGUUCUGGAAAACAAGGUUUUUAUAAAGUUCACUAACUUUAGUAAGGAGGCUUAGGCAGGUGGAGUUUGUACUAAGUUAUUUAAUAACUGGAGAAACAAUUGAAUGAAAGUUUCUGAAUUAAUAAUAUUUACAGUGGUUAAUAUGUGUGUAAUAUUAAUGUAUAUUGUUUGUUAAAACUUCAUGUAGCAAUAUUCAUAAUUUUAAGAUUUGCAACCUUUUUCAAAGAGAACUUUUUUCAAGACAAGCAAACUGUAAAUAUGUUAAAAGAAGAUGAUUCCAAAAGUGAAAAUCGUUUUUUUAAGAGUUAAAUAUAUUAAAUUGAAGAUUGGUAUCAGUAUGCUAUGUUUGAGAAAUUUCUUCUCGUUUGUUAAUCCAUAUACAUAGCGUGGUCACAAGUAAAUAGACACCACCUUUUCAGAAAAAAUGAAAUUUUUUCAGUCAUAUUCACAUGAAUUGAUAUAUUUAUAAUUUAAUUAAUAUCUAGUAGAUCUUCCUUUCGCUUUGUGAUGUUUGUUGUUCCUUUGGGGUAUCGUGAGAAUCAUCUCGUCAAUUUAAGAUUGUGGAAUUUUCGCCCACCCUUGCUUCAAAACUUGGAGUAGAUCGCUCUUCGAAGUUGGUUUUUUUUGGUUGUUUUUUGACUUGCUGGUUGAGUAUGGCCCAGAGGUUUUCAAUGGGGGUUCAUGUCAGGAGAUUGGCUCGGCCAGGGCAACUGUUGGAUACCAUUUUCUUCCUGCCAUAUUAUGUGUUUCUAGCAGUGUGACACGAUGCUCCAUCUUCCUGGAACAACGUUUUUUUCUUGUCCACAAAAUCCGAGGAAUAAAGUGGCAAGAGUCCUUUCUCCAGUAUUUCGACGUAUUUCGCAAAAUUUAUAUUGCCAAUGCACUCCACUAAGCUCGAUCUCCCACCAACCCAAACAGCUCCCCAAACCACCAUGCUUCACAGUUGGCUGCAAUCUGUUAAGCCAAAACUCUUGGUGAGGCAUUCUCCAGACCCAUAUCCUUUCACUGUCCGAAAAUUGAGCGAAUCUUGAUUCGUCUGAGAACAAUACGGUUUUCCAAAAGUCCAAAGGCUUCAUCAUAUCACUUUUUUCGUCUGACUAUGUUGGCAGGUCUUAAUAAGGGCUUCCGUCUAGCUGCUCUGCAACGAUAACCCAAUCUGUGGAGAAUCCGUUGAACAGAUUUCGGGCUCAUCCCACCAACUUUGGCCACUUCUGCAGUCAUUAAUCUGAGAUCCAUUUCGGUGCUCCUCUUGACAGCCCUUUUUGUCCUCUCCAAUGGACCAGGACGACCCGGACGCUGUUCAGUUGUUUCCUUGCCGUAUUUCCUGAACUGCACGAUGAUUCUGUUGACUUUCGAAAGUGGGAUUCCCAAAUUCCACCAUCUGCUUGACCAACUAUCCUUCCUCUAACAAAAUCUGACAAUUACUGUGUGGACCAUUUUCAUUUAUAUAGUGCUCUGUGAAUACAAAUUAGUUAGCAUAAAUCAGUUAAAUGACGAAAAAUUAGGUGUCUAUUUACUUGUGACCACUCAGUGUAGAUCGAUAUGAAAUUCUCACCAUCUCUAACUGGAGGUUAUAUAUAUAUAUAUGUUGUUCCAAUGUUUGAUAUUACUGAUGAAGCUUAUAUAAGGAAAGCUACAUUUGGCACCACAUGACCAUAUGAAUAGUUUUAGAAGGUUUAGGUGUUUUACUUGUAAGGACAAAAAAUAUAUGUGUCCACGUGUGGAAUACUUUUGCUACAUAUGAACUAUAUUUCAUACUUGUAUUUAUGUAAGUUUGUAUUCAUAGAUUGAAUAAUCAGAAAGUAAUAACUGAAGUUAUAAAAUAUAUAUCCCGCUUAUUAGAAAAAUAAAUAGUACAGGAUACUCAAAAUCAAUUUAGGUAGAGACAUAAAAAUAACUAAUGGAAUUACGAGGUUAAAAUCCAGUUGUCUUUCUCUGAUUAGUAGCACAUGUUCACAUGGUGAUCUUAGGCUGUAUUAUGUUUAUACAGGUAUGUGAGCAUAAGGGGUAGGGGCUGGCAUAUUAUCUUCAUAAAAUAAAUUUUGCUUAUUACUUCCAA